AUGAAUUCUUCGACAGAAGAAACGGUUAGAUUUAUACAGAACUUGGCUCAUACCGAUGGCAAGCUAAGAUCACCAAUCGAUUUGAAUAUCAGUUAUAUGAAAGUCGUGAAUCUAAAUCCUAUACAGUGGGUCAAUUAUAAUGUCACGCCAAAAAAAUUAAAACUUAGCAACACUGGAUAUACUGUCAUGCUUAGUGCAACAUGGCAUGAAGAAGAGCCAUAUUUGUAUGGUGGCCCUUUCGUCAGCAGUUAUGUCUUUUCACAGCUUCAUUUUCAUUGGGGUAAAACUGAUAUGGACGGUAGUGAACACCAUGUUGACGGUGGAAGUAUGCCAAUGGAACUGCAUGCGGUGCAUUAUAAUAGUAAUUACAGAACUCAAAUAACGGCUCUUCGUCAACAUGAUGGUAUCACUAUAUUAGUAUAUUUAUUCCAGCUGCAGGCAAUCCCUAAUCCACUUCUGGAUGAUAUCAUAAAUACAUUACCUUUUAUCCAAGCAGCUAAUUCUUCCAUCCGUUUAAUACCUUUUCCUAUAAUAAAUAUUAUGCGAUGCUUUCAACGUGAUUACUUUGUUUACUGGGGUUCCAUAACCAUGACAAAUAUCAGAAAUAGUGUACUUUGGUUAAUAAGCAGAGAACCAUUAGGAAUAUCCAUUGAUCAAGUUGCAGAGUUUCGAACAUUAUGUGAUGAACAUAAAAUGCCGAUUUUAAUAAAUCGUCAGCCAUUACAGGACAGAGGUAAUAGAGACGUUUUCCACGUAUGCCCUAGUGGAUCUAGAUAUGCAACGCUUCUACCAAUUUCACGUGAUGACGAUGAUAAAUAUAUUCACCAAGACAGUGAUAAAUGA